ACAAAUUUCAAGCCUUAAGCUACUACUUAACACAUCCUCACAGUACUCCAAUUGUUGAAGCCAGCCAUGGAUGCAUUGACAGUAAUGGUUGCAGACAGGCCACUAGUGAUCUUCAGCAGAAGCACUUGUGACAUGAGCCAUUCCAUCAAGACACUUAUACAUGGAUUCGGUGCAAACCCUACAAUUUACGAGCUUGAUCAAAUUCCAAAUGGGAAGCUAAUCGAAAGAGCAUUACAGCAGCUCGGGUUUCAAAACUUACCGGUUGUAUUCAUCGGAGGAGAGUGCGUCGGCGGUGACCAACAAGUCAUGAGCCUCCUUCUCAAGAACCAGCUAGGACCACUGCUUAAGAGAGCUGGAGCCAUUUGGGUAUGGAACGAUUAGCCUAUUUUUUGGCAUCAAACUCUACUACGUACAAUUAGUUGAAACUGAGGUUAUACUAAUUUUACUGUUGAAUAAGGGAACUUUUUUAUAUCCCAUUUCAUAUAUAUAUAUGGAUUAGAUACACUAUAGAGACACUUCAACUUUCUACUUGUCAAGUUGUUUUAGCUAUAGUUAUAUCUAAGUCAAGAAUAAAGCCAACAUUUUGUAUACGUUGGCUAAUUAUUCUUGGUUUUAAUCAUUUUAUAUAUUUUUCAAAUACUAUUGUAUGAAUAUGCAUAAUAAAUAAAAGUACU